AGGAAGCAGGAAGUCUCGGGGCUGAGCUCCUUCUCUCGCAUCCACUUCAGAACUCUCUCCUCUCUCCGAGCUGGGUCCCUUUGUCUUCUGGAAGCCAGCCCUGUGCUUGCAGCGCCAGCUAGGUCUGAGCCCACAUCCCCCGGAGGCUUCUGUUCCCUGCUCUUGCCAUUGGGUCUCACUCUCCUGACGUCGUGGUGAGUGUCCUCCGGGUCUAGGAGCCUCCCUUUCUGCCAAGGCUUCCUCUUGAUGAGCUCCUCGGGCUUCAGACUCCCACCCCCUUGCACAGCUUGCUGGCUCACCCUGCCCGGAUCUGCCUUUCAGACUGUGUCCGGAGGGAUCCAGGAACGCAGAUUUCAGCCUCCUGCUCAGGGCCCGGCGUCCUGUCUCCCCGUCCCCCCCCCUUGCUCUGAGAUGCAGAUGUCCUCCUUCAGACCCAACCCUCUUUAAGGGUCCUUGAGUCCCGGCUUCCCACCAUCGAGACCUCGCCAUGGACACAGUGACCAAAGCUCUUUCCUGCUCCCCUGUGACUGAACCCGGGGCUCUUGGGCUGGUUCCCUAUCAAACCCAGGUACUACCUUCGCUUCCCAGACCUCUUGCUUCUCUGGCCCCUCUUCUUUCAGAGCCCUCGGGGCUGGAUCCCACGUUGGAUUUUGUCUUCCUGUCUCAGGCUUACCCUGCUCAUUUCCUGGGUAGCCUGGAGCCAGAGGGAAUGUGUCCUGGAAGCCUCAGGCCUCUUCCUCAGGAGUUGGUGACAUUCAGGGAUGUGGCUGUGGACUUUACCCAGGAGGAAUGGGGCCUCUUGGACGAUCCUCAGAAGAAGCUGUACAAGGACGUCAUGUUAGAGAAUGCCUGGAACCUGCUCUCCCUGGGGCUUCUAGGUCCCAGCGAAUAUGUGAUCUCUUAUUUUAAGCAAAGAAAAUCACAAUGGAUGCUGGACCAGGAAGUCCUGAGGAGCUGCUUUCCAGAAAAAGAAAUCAGACUUGAAAUGAUGGAAAAUACUCCAGAGCUAAAUCUUCCUGUAGUAGAAACUCACAAGCCAAGAUUCAUCAGUGAUGGUCCUGCUAACUUCUCUUGGAAAGAUAUAUGUAAUACACUUGAGAAAAUCCACAGUAGAGAGAAAUCUUAUGAGCAAAAUCAAAGUGGAAAAGUUUUCACAGAAGAGUGGGCUCUUACUGGACAUGAGAGAAUCCACAGUACAGAGAAACCUAUUGAAUGUAACCAAUAUGGAAAGUCUUUCAAAUGUAAAAAUAGUUUUCGUCUUCAUCAUAAAAUCCAUGCUGCAGAGAAACCUUAUGAAUGUAACCAAUGUGGAAAGGCUUUUGGAGACAAGAGAGUUCUUACUGUACAUCAGAGAAUCCACACUGGAGAGAAACCUUAUAAAUGUAAGCAAUGUGGAAAAGCUUUUCUACACAAGAUAUCUCUUACUACACAUCACAGAAUCCACACUGGAGAGAAACCUUAUAAAUGUAACCAAUGUGGAAAGGCUUUUACACAACGUGGAGAUAUUAUCAGACAUCAUAGAAUCCAUACUGGAGAGAAACCUUAUAAAUGUAACCAAUGUGGAAAGGCUUUUAAACAUAAGGUAUCUCUUAUCGCACAUCAGAGAAUCCACACUGGAGAGAAACCUUAUGGAUGUAACCAAUGUGGAAAGGCUUUCAUAAAAAAGGCAACUCUUACUGCACAUCAGAGAAUCCACACUGGAGAAAAACCUUAUGAAUGUAACCAAUGUGGAAAGGCUUUUAUAUAUAAGGUGUCUUUUAUUGUACAUCAGAGAAUCCACACUGGAGAGAAACCUUAUGAAUGUAGCCAAUGUGGAAAGGCAUUUGCACAUCUGAUCUCUCUUAUUGAACAUCAGAGAAUCCACACGGGAGAGAAACCAUAUGAAUGUAACCAAUGUGGAAAGGGUUUCAUAAAAAAGACACAUCUAACUGCACAUCAGAGAAUCCACACUGGAGAGAAACCUUAUAAAUGUAACCAAUGUGAAAAGUCUUUUACAGCAAGUAGAGGUCUUAAUAGACAUCAGAUAAUCCAUACAGCAGAGAAACCUUAUGAAUGUAAUCAAUGUGAAAAGGCUUUUACAUAUAAGGUAUCUCUUACUAUACAUCAGAGAAUCCACACUGGAGAGAGACCUCAUGAAUGUAACCAAUGUGGAAAAGCUUUUAAACAGAAGGGAUCUCUUACUGCGCAUCAAAGAAUCCACACUGGAGAGAAACCUUAUGAGUGUAACCAGUGUCAAAAGGCUUUUAGAGACAAGGGAGCUCUUACUGCACAUCAAAGAAUCCACACUGGAGAGAAACCUUAUGAGUGUAACUACUGUGGAAAAGCUUUUACACAUAAGGCAUCUUUUACUGUACAUCAGAAGAUCCACACUGGAGAGAAACCUUAUAAAUGUAAGCAAUGUGAAAAGGCUUUUAUACUUAAGACAUCUCUUACUGCACAUCAGAGAAUCCACACUGGAGAGAAACCUUAUGAGUGUAACCAGUGUGGAAAAGCUUUUAUACAUAAGGUAUCUCUUACUGUACAUCAGAAAACCCACUCUGGAGAGAAACCUUAUAAAUGUAACCAGUGUGAAAAGGCUUAUAUACAUAAGUCAUCUCUUACUACACAUCAGAGAAUCCACACUGGAGAGAAACCUUAUGAGUGUAACCAGUGUCAAAAGGCUUUUAGAGACAAGGGAGCUCUUGCUGGACAUCAGAGAAUCCACACUGGAGAGAAACCUUAUGAGUGUAACCAAUGUGGAAAAGCUUUUACACAUAAGGUAUCUCUUACUGUACAUCAGAGAAACCACACUGGAGAGUAACCUUAUGAGUGUAACCAAUGUGGAAAGGCUUUUACACAUAAGGUAUCUCUUACUGCACGUCAGAGAAUCCACACUGAAGAGAAACCUUAUUAGUGUAGCCAGUGUCAAAAGGCUUUUAGAGACAAGGGAGCUCUUACUAUACAUCAGAGAAUCUACACUGGACAGAAACCUCAUAAAUGUAACCAAUGUGGAAAAGCUUUUAUAUAUAAGAUCUCUCUUAGUGAACAUCAGAGGAUCCACACUGGAGAGAAACCUUAUAAAUGUAACCAAUAUAGAAAGGGUUUUAUAUAAAAAAGAGGAUUCUUGCCAAAUCUCUGAAGAAAGGUAAAAGCAUGAAAAUAAGGACAAUGACAUGGUACAGAACAUUGGGAUAAGAGGUGCUUGUGCUGAUGCCUUCCAUACUUACCUGUCCUUAGCUAUAACACUACAUAGAGGGUGAGGAAGGAAAAAUAAAAGAUGACUAGGAAUAGCAAAUAGCUUCUUAGUCGUAUUGAAUCCUUUUUUUCUACUUCUUUUCACAUACUUGUAAGGCAGCAUGGUAUAAUGGAAUGUCCCUACAAAAUGGACAAAUGGAAGACUUGGGUUGAUAUUCUAGCACUGUUCUUUCUUAGAACUUCUUCAAGUAAACAAACCUGAUACAUGUCAGGCCUUGACACAAAAACCAAAAGAAUUGCAAAGGGUGUGUCCCUUGCUCCCAUGGAGAUCACAGACUGGUGGGCCUGACAACACAAACCACCAGGUGGAAACCCACCUUGGACCAUAUAGUGCCUCACUAAAUCAAUAUUGUCUUGUUUUAUCCUUGUGAGAACCCAUUUUAUAGAGAAAUAACAAAUAAACAGAGACCUCUUGCUUGACUAUCAAGUUUCUGAGUUGAGGUUAAAACUCAGGUCUUCAUAUCUUAAGGCCUACUAGUCUAUCUACUGCAAUAUUGUCUGAAUUCUGAUUUAGUAACAGAAUAUUAUAAAAGUGUUGCCAUAUAUGGGAGGUAAAAACUAGAAGAAAAAUUGGACAAACUCCCACUUAGAGAUAUAAAUUCAUUCUUUUCAACUCUAACCAAGUAAAAGCUAAUUACUAUUAAACAGAUUUAUAUUUCUAUUGAUUCAUGACAUGUAUUGGAUUUAAUGACACAUGUACACAAGAGCAAUUGGAAAUAAUGCUUUGUGUUGUUGGGAUUUUUUUUCCUAUUUUUUCAUUGAUUUCUUUUACUUUUUUUUAAAUAAAGCUUUUUACUUGUAAAACA